AUGGAUGAUGCAUCCAAGCAAUUAGUUGUUCCAUAUGUGACAACAGCAGCUAGCAGUAGUGUUUUUCAAAAUUACUUACCCUCCCGUACAGUUGACGGGGAUACCAGUCAAGACAUUGUCAGUUGCUCACACACCGGUAUUGAUGCCACAAUCAGAGAAGCCUGGUUACGUGUUGAUUUAGGUCAUGUCUACAGCCUGAAUGAUGUCAGGUUCUGGUAUCGCAAUGAUAGAGGAUCAACCGCUCUCAAUACAAUACGUUUACGCGGAUACUCCAUAAAAAUAUCAAAUAGUACUAACUUGUCCCAUGCCCAAACAUGCUAUAGCGACCCCGGAAAUCAAGUUCUGCCUACUGUUCUGACCAAUGACUGCAGAGGGACAUCCCGCUUUGUUUGGUUCUACACAACAAACGUUUUAUAUUCAGGAGACACAGUUCCAAUGCUAGAAAUAUGCGAGGUUCAAAUCUUCGGAUGUCAGACGGGUUUUUAUGGAGAAAACUGUUCACUGACCUGUGACCACUGUAUGAAUCCAUCGUCAUGUGAUAUUGACUCGGGCGAAUGUGACAUUUCGGGCUGUGCUCAUGCUGGACUUCAACCCCCUACCUGCACAACCUGUGCUCCAGGCAUGUUUGGGGGAAACUGUACUGGGAUAUGUAGUGUCCAUUGUCAUCCUCCUGCGUCAUGUGGUUUCAAGGACGGAAAUUGUACAUGUGAACAGGGAUGGAAAGGGUCAAAAUGCGAUACACCUGGUAAGCAGAUAUUUUUAAUCUACGAAACUUGA